GUCACACGAUUGGUUUCAAAUAGCGGCGAGUGGUUUUGACAUUUAUCACCGUGUGCAGUGUAAACAAAAUUUUCAGUUAGCUCAGCAAUAUCCAUGAGAUAAACGAAACGAUAAGUUCAUCGAGAUCAAUUGGAGUUAUCAACUUUUAAUUAAAACUAUUGCAAAUCGUUUAUAUUUUGAACAAACUACAUAACGAUUUCAAAAAAUAGAAAUUUUUUAUAAACUAAUUUCAUAACCUUUGGAAGCGGAUUUUUUUUUCUUCGAGAAAACAGCGAAAGAGAUUGCAUCAGCAAAAUGCCAAAGUCAAAUCGCAACAAAAAACGUGAUGAAAAUCACAAUUGCAAAGCGGUACCGUCAAACCGCAUGCCGGUGAAUAAAUUGUCAGUGAAGAGCGUACCAGUGAGCGAUCAACCAGUGAGCAAGCAACCAGUGAACAACCAAUCAGCGAGCAAUCAACCUGUGAGCGAACAUUUACCAGCGAAUAAUUUGCCCGUGAGCAAUUCGCCGGACAAUAAUUUGCCACUGAAGCACCCACUGAAUUCCAAAUGGGCACUUUGGUACUAUUUGCCCGAAAAGAACAAGGACUGGGAAGCGUGUCAGCAUCAAAUCCACACAGUUACCACAGUCGAAGACUUUUGGAGUUUUUUCAAUCAUUUGGCACAACCAUCGGAGCUGUUGAAUGGCGUUGAUUUUUCGUUCUUCAAAAAUGGCAUUCGUCCUAUGUGGGAGGCACCGCAAAAUGUGAAAGGUGGUCGGCUGACUGUCAUCAAUACGUCAAAAUGUCGAAAUAUCGAUAUCAAUGAAAUUUGGCUGGAUAUAUUGCUGUUUCUCAUUGGUGAAUACUACGAGUAUGCCGAAGAUAUUUGCGGUGUGGUGUUGAACGUUCGUAACUACGGCAUCAAAUUGGCCAUUUGGACGACACAUCAAGAUAAGGAACGGCUCAAAUCGAUCGGUUCAAGCAUCAGACAGAGCUUGACUUCGACGUUGAAUCAAGCGAUCCCGUUUGAGGUGCACGCCGAAACGCAGCGAAGCGCACAAACCAGCGGAAGAGCGUCAUCGAAAAAUGUCUUCACCGUUUGAUCUAUCGAUUAAAAUCUAAAACAUUCAUGCCACACAUUUUGUUUUUAAAAACAAAUCAUAAAGAUCAUUUCAGCGAAAUGUUCCUUUCUCACAAUUUUCAUCCGUAUCUGGAUAAACGGUUCAAAUAUUGCAUAAUUUAAGAAGAAAAAUUAGUCAUCGAUACUAAGCACUGUUUUUAUUGCGAAAUAAAGUUUAUCAUUAUCAGAUCAAA